UAUUAUUUUUGGGCCCAGUUCUGAUACUGAGAACCCCACAGUAGAGGAUGACUUGAUUUCACAGCAGCUCCAUUAGCUCUUCAAUUUGAAAUGAUAUAUUAGUAGUCUAGCUCUGUAUUUUUUCCAUUUGCGAGUGGGGCUGUCAUUUUUGCAAGAACUCUCAUAAAAAUAACAGCAACAAAACAUCUGCAAAUAAAAGAUAGAGGUUUACUACCUUUUCAUGGUUCUUGUAGACUAUCCUGUAGGUUAAAAAGUGCAUGCAAUUAUUUUUCUUAUAGGGUAAUGAUAGAGUCAUGAACACUAAGGUACUAUUUUUAUAGAACCAUAAAAUGUUAAGGGUUGGAAAGGACCAUAAAGAUCAAGUUCCAACUCCCUGCCAUGGCAGGGACACCUCUCACUAGACCAGGUUACCCAGAGCCCCAUUCCACCUGGCCUGGAACACCGACAGGGAUGGGGCAUCCACAACCUCCUUGGGCAACCUGUGCCAGUAUCUUACCACCCUAAAUUUGCCUCUUUCAGUUUGUAACCAUUACUCCUUGUUCUGUAACUACCAUUCCUGAUGAAGAAUUCCUCUCUGGCUCCCCUGUAGCCCCGCUUCAGAUACUGGAAGGUUGCUAUGAAGUCUCUCCACAGUCUUCUCCACAAUGAACAGCCCCAACAUUCUCAGCCUGUCUUCACAGGUGAGGUGCCCCAGUCCUUAUCAAAUUUGUGGCUUCCUCUGGACUUUGUCCAACAGCUCCGUGUUCUUCCUAUGUUGGAGUCACCAAAUCUGGACUGGAUGCAGCCCAGGAUUCCCUUGGCUUUUUGACACGCCUUUUUAAAGGCUGGUGGCUGGAAAUGAGCUGGCUCAGUAGAUGGCACUCUGUCCUUCGGUUUGGCACUUUCGUCGCCAGUAAAGCACCAAAGGCUCGUAAUUAAUUGGAUCCUUCGCUGGAUCUUCACCGUCUCGGCGUGGCAGGAACGCAGGCAGCACAGCCUUGGGUAGCUCUGCCUGCCCGAGAGAGCGCUUCUCCCGGCGCCGCGCCGGCUCCGCGCCUCCCCGCGGCCCAUCUAGCGUCUCUUUAUUCUGGGUUUGGUUGAUUUCGUGUCGCCCGCCGUCGCUGCCCGGGGCGGGGCGGGGCGGUGGCCCCGGGCGGGGCGGUGCGGUGCGGGCCGGCCGCACUUAUUGCAGGCGAGCGGCGGAGCUGGCGCGGAGCGUUACGGGCCGGCAGCGCACGGCCGCCAUGGGGCGGUACUCGGGCAAGACGUGCCGCCUCAUCUUCAUGCUGGUGCUCACCGUCGGCUUCUUCGUGGCCGAGCUGGUGUCCGGAUACCUGGGCAACUCCAUCGCGCUGGUGUCCGACUCCUUCAACAUGCUCUCGGAUCUCAUCUCCCUCUGCGUGGGGCUCUCCACCGGGCGCAUUGCCCGCCGCAGCCGCCGCGGUCCCCGCGCCACCUACGGCUACAGCCGCGCCGAGGCGGUGGGAGCGCUCAGCAACGCCGUCUUCCUCACCGCCCUCUGCUUCACCAUCCUCGUGGACUCCGUCCUGCGCCUCGCCCGGCCCGAGCCCAUCGACGACGCCCAGCUGGUGCUCAUCGUCGGCACCCUCGGCCUCGCCGUCAACGUCGUGGGGCUCCUCGUCUUCCAGGACUGGGGCGCCUGCUGUCGUAGGCGACGCCCGUCCCCCACUCCGCCCGCGGCCGCCGCGCUGCGGGACGUGCCCGGUGGCAUCCCGAACGGCGAGGAAGAUGAAGCAGGUGAUUCACCAAACGACCAAAAGAGCCCUGAAGAGGGGUUUGAGCAGAAAAAAGAGAAAAAGUCUGAAGCUUUGAACAUCAGAGGUGUUCUUUUGCAUGUUAUGGGAGAUGCACUUGGAUCUGUGGUCGUGGUAGUUACUGCUACUAUCUUCUAUGUACGUCCUCUGGGGAAUGCUCCAUGUAAUUGGCAGUGCUACAUUGAUCCAAGCCUGACAAUAGUUAUGGUGGUCAUCAUCUUGUCUUCUGCAUUCCCACUUAUAAAGGAGACCUCAACUAUUUUGUUGCAGAUGGUCCCCAAAGGUGUUGAUAUGCAACUACUGACUGGCAGACUAGCUUGUGUCCCAGGGGUGAGCAGCCUCCAUGAGGUGCACGUCUGGGAGCUUGCAAGUGGGAGGAACAUCGCCACUCUUCAUAUCAAGUGCCAAACCCCUUCUGAUUACCAAGGUGCUGCUUACCAAAUACGGAAGGUUUUCCACGAGGCAGGAGUCCAUUCCGUGACCAUCCAGCCUGAGUAUGCCAACCACAAGACCUCACAUCUACUGUGCAGCUCACCCUGCAUCUCAAAAGCCUGUGACUCUCAUCUGUGCUGCAGCCAGAGGGAGCCCCCCCGGGCUGAAACGAAUGGCUACGUGGAGAAAAGUGAAAGCUCCCUUUCUGCACAGCACAAAGACAAUGGUUCAAGGAAAAGUGACAUUGAAAUCCCUAUGGAGGACCCAGUGACAGAGGAGAGUGUGAAAAGCAUGAAAAAUAGUGAUGUGUCCGAUGACAAAUCACAGUCGGGUAGUACACGAUUUUAGGCAACUAGCUCUGCUCUGUGUCGUGCUCUCAUGGAGCAAACAUAUCCUGGCUGGGAAGGGGGGCAUCAGUGGUUGUAGCUGAAGUUGGUGUGGCAAAAGAUUUCUGUGCUUUAGCUGUAAACCAAAAUACGCCUAAGACCCCCUUGUACCUGAAAUAAGGAUUAAGAUUUCCACUGAGGCUGUUGCAUUCAUGUGAUUUUUGUGAUGCAACCAUACCCAGUUCUUUACCAAACUAAGGCUGAAUUCCUACUGUUAGAGUGGAUGGGGUAUGUCACUCUCUGUCUGCACUGAUGUUUGCAGUUCAUGGCCAGUAGCACUGGGAAAGAACCUCUGGCCUUGCGUGCUGGAGCGAGCUGUUUCUUGAAAGCCCUGUGGCCAGUUAAUGAUUGAACUGGGCUGAGGUACUGUAUAUUUAUAAAGGACUUCAGUAGAGAUGCUUUACUGAGCCUUAGACCCCAUUUUUGCAUGGACAGUUCAUUUUUAACAGUAACAAUUAUGGCCAGUGGAGUUUGUGAAUGAAAUUAAGAGUGUCUAAGGGGAAGCACUCAGGAAUUUUGACUUGUGUUAUUUUCUUGAUUGACUCCUGUAUUUAGGAACAGAGCAGAAGCUGGUCUUGCUUCUCUACAAGUAAUACUGGAGUCCCAGCCUAAUCACAGAUGAGUGUGCUAAGGAAUAGACUGCUUGUCAUAAAAGUAAAUAAGUACCUACUGAUGUUGUCUGUACUGAUUCUAACAAAUGGAAAUGCAGGCAGUCAUCCAAUUAACUUUUAUCUUUUUCACUGUUGUGAUUGUUCAACUCAGUCUUUUAAAACUCUUAUUAGCCUUCUCCUGACAACACAAGUUCUAAGACCCAUGGUCUUAUUUCAUCAUUGUGCAGGAUAGUUGCAUUAUUUUUAACAAUGAGUCUGUCAUUAUUCAUGCUGAAUAAAUAAGCUAAUGUGUUUAUUACAAACAGUUGAAAUUCUGCAAUUCUAUUAUUAAGGCAUAAUUUAAUAUUGUAUUAAUUAAGGAAGCACCUUUAAAGUCUUGUACGCAGUAUUAUCACUUAGAAGGAGCUUGGAAGAAAUUAAACCAGGAAAUUUUUCCUGAUUUAGUCUCAAUCAUUUUUUGUUGGCUGGUUUUAAAGGUCUUGAUGCCUUGAACCCUACCCUCUGCCUUGGCCCUCCUCCCCCUGCCCAAACAUGUAUCUCAAAGUGUAUUUAGUGGAGCAGUUCUCUACCUUUUUGCUCCUUGCUCUUUUUGAAGGUAUGUGAGGGUGCUCUAAGGAAAACAAGGUGAUGAGCCCUGUCACCAGUGCUGGAUUUCAGUCAAGUGUGUUCCACAGUUUUCUGGGAGGGGAAACCCACUACUCAAUCCACACUGAGUCUAGUGCUUGGUCUCCCUGGCUAUGCAGAUCAAACCCAGAAGAUUGCAAAUAUAUUUUACUGACAAAAGCAGCCUUCCAAUGGUCUGUGUGGCCUGGACAGGCUAUUUUAUCCAUUUUUUCAUAGGGACACCUUUGUAAAAUAGUGGUGUCUUUACCUUAGUGACAUCUUAACAGAAAGGGCAAAUUGAUUUCCUGCCUGGGCUGGGAAAAUACCAGGACCUCCUUGUAAGGAUGGCUUAAAAGCAGCCAACUCCUUAUUAAUAAAAGAUGAUUGCAAUAAUUCAAUGAAUAUUGAAACACACAGCAGGAUAUUUUACUGCUUGGAAUGUAGUAUUUACUGAAGUAGUGAUUUCACUCUAACUAGAACAUUUCUAGAAUUAUAAUUGCCCCUUUAAAACUGAUUUUUGGAUGAAUUAAGAUAUUUUAUACCAUUUCAUUGUAAGUUUGUAUCAUAUAAAUUAACCUAUUUGUUAAUAUGAUUAAGAGCUUGAUCCUCCAGCCUCUUUGAUUCCGUUGACAGAACCAGGAUCUUGGCAGUUAUUGCACGAGUUAAUGCAAAUCAGGAAACAUUGUAAGAAUUGCUCUGUCUUUUAAAAGCGUGUGCCAUGAAGUAAGACAGCCCUUUCUUCUGUUCUUUUUUUUUUUUUUUUACCCUCUUUAUUUUCAUCUACGAUGAUGCUUAGAUGUAAAUAACAAAUGUAUUUAUUGUGUUUUUGAGAACUGGAAUAGAAUAUCUCCCAAAAUAACAACAGAGAACUUUCUUCCCAGAUAUCCUCUAAAACAAGCACCCUUUCAUAAUUUAUUUGUAUCUUAAAUCAGGUUGUUUGAUUUAUAUAUAUAUAUAUAUAUAUAUAUAUAUACAUAUUUUAUUAAAUGGUUGAGAGCUGGAAUUGCAGCAUUUACUCUGGGAUUAAAUAAAACUAGUAUAUGUGAUGUUUGGGCAUUUGUCAAAAUCGACAGUUUUUAUUCUUCCAGUGUUAAAACUGUGGCUAUGUAUUUUUUAAAACUUUUAAAAGUGUUGUAACCUGAAAAUACAAUGAAAUAACAUUCUUAAACUUUG